GCAUAUCAAUUGCUCCUUUACUGCUUCAUAAUACUUGCGAACCUUAUAUUCUUCUAUACACACACUAUGAACACGCGAUAGACCCGGGUCCACACCAAACCCCCCUCCUAUUCUAUACCCCCUCGACGCGUCUCCACACGCGUUUCUCCAACAACCCACGCGCAGCACACUCGUAGAUCACGACCCGCCGCCAUGUACCUUCCACGGAACCUAAUCGCGCACCUCUACCAAAACCUUGUGAAACGCACACACGCGGCCGCCCCGCCAGUACUUCUCCUUGUCGCCCUCGAGCCAGACGCGCUCUGUGCCUGCCGCAUCCUCACCGCGCUGCUGAAACGCGAUUAUAUACCCCACAAAAUCCAACCCAUAGCCGGCUAUGGCGAUCUAUCACGUGCCGCAGAAGAGCUGGUACGGCCCAUGCGGACAACAGAGGGCGGAAGUGGGGGCGUGGUUGUGUGUUUAGGUGUUGGUGGCAUGGUGGAUAUGGAAGAGAUAUUAGGCCUGGACGUGGAUGAGAAUGGGGAAGGAGGAAGUGGAGAUGUGGAAGUCUGGAUUAUGGAUGCGAGACGGCCGUGGAAUCUGGCGAAUGUGUUUGGGACGCCUGUUGGUGAGGAUGUGGCGACAGGGGAGCUGGUGCGGAGACAGACUGGUGUGGACAAGGGGAAGGUGUUGCAGUCGUAUCAGUCUUCGAAGGGUGGGAUUAUCGUGUUUGACGAUGGGGAUAUUGAGGAGGAGCUUCAGGUGGAAAGAGCGGCGUAUUGUGGACUGGAAGAGAUGCCUGAGGUGGGUGAGGAUGUGGGCUCUGAUGAGGAGGGGGAGGAGGAAGAUCAAGAGGAGGGGGAGUCAUCUGCCCAGAGGCCAAAGAAGAGGAAGUCAUGGGGCGAGGAGGAUGAUUCUGACGAUGGCAUGUCUGACGACGAGCGGCCGCCACAGAGACGGAGAAGUAACUCGGGAGGGUCGAUACCGUCAUCACCAGAACGAAGACCAGCACGACGAGGCCUCAUGAUCGAGAACCAACUGGCCAACUCCUCAGACUUCUCCCGCUCAGACUCUCGCAGCCGUUCAGCAUCUCCAUCCAUAGUUGCUCCCAAAGAGCAGUCCGUGAAGAGCCUACGGAAACAGCUCAUGACCAUGCGCAACAAAUACACAAACGUUCUCGACAAGUACUACCAACUCGGCGCCUCCUACUCCGAACCAGUCUCGUCCCUCGUCUACAACCUCGCCUCAGACCUCGGUCGCGAAGACAACGACCUCCUCUGGAACGCUAUCGUCGGUGUCAGCAGUCUGGAGCUGUAUGGUCGAACAGGAAGCGGUGUAGGGCUGAAUCCCCUUUCAGCUGCCGGCGGCUCAGCAGGCUGGAAUGGCAAUCGUGGCGAGCAAAUUCGAUCCGUCCUACGCGACGAAGUUCGUCGUCUGAAUCCCGUCACCGACGCCCAUGGUGUAGCCCGCGACGCAAGCAUGGGCGAUGCGAGCGGCGUGAUUCCCACCAGCGCCCGCUCAGCAACAGACAAAUCCAUCCGUCUCUCCCCUGAACCGCGCUUUCUACUGUUACGCCAUUGGUCCCUGUACGAAAGCAUGUUACACUCACCAUACCUAUCUGCGAAACUGCACAUCUGGAGCGACGCAGGGCAGAAACGCCUUGCGAAGCUGCUAGCGAAGAUGGGUGUGUCGUUGUCUGAAUGCAAACAACGAUACACACACAUGGACAUGGAGCUCAAGCGCGGUCUUCGCGAGCGCCUCCUGAAGUUCGCCCCACAGUACGGUCUCGACGGGCUCGUCCCCCCUCCCCCACGCAGCGGCGACAUGAAAGACGGAUGGGGCUUCGUCCGCUGCUGGGGCUGGAAAGCCUGUCUCUCCGCCAUCGACGUCGGCGUAAUCCUCGGCGCGAUCCUCGAAGUCGGCGACGUGAAGUCCCUCACCCAGCCCUCCUUCGACAUCACCUCGACCCCAAGCACCGAAGUCACAACACAAGACCAGCAAAUCGCCGCCCAAGAACACAUCACAGCACGUUUCUACACGGCCUACGACGCCCUAACCUCCAUCGACGUCCUCCUCCCCCACAUCGCAACAGCACAACACCUCCAUCGCGCCAUCCUGCGCACCGGCACCCAACUCAUCGAAAAAAAGCAAAUCCGCCACCUCCGCGCCUUCCGCAUGGCCGUCGUAAAAGAAGGCCCAGACGUACAGCUCUUCACACACCCCGGCGCGCUCACCAAACUCGCUCUCUGGAUCGCAGAAGCCAUCGUCGAGCUAAACGGCACUAAGAAAAGCAAAGGCAGCGAGCUCGUCAUGGCCGGCCUCGACGAACCCCGCGGCCUCUACGUCGUCGUCGGCCUCGGCGGCGGCGGCGCAACAGAAAGCGCAAAGGAACGCCUGCUUAAACGCGAGGCGAAACUCAAACAGAAAGAAGCUGCCCGCGCUGCAAAGGCCGCGGCAAAGGAGAAGAAGAUUGAAGCAAGGCGCGCACGCAAUCUCGCUGCUGGCCUCGAGGACGACGAAGUCGAUGCAGAGGAGUCGGACACGGAAUCCGAAUCGGAAAACGACUCCGACGACUCCGACUCGGAGGACGACGACGACGAUGCGGCGUCCGGCGCGCGGCGGAACCGCUUCGGCAACGCGUUCCAGGAGGUCGUGCGCGAGACGGGGGCUAGGGUCCGCAUGGACAGCUUCGAGGCGUGUGUGAUUGAGAUACGGAAGGAGGAUUUGAGUGGGUUUCUGGAGCGGCUGAGUAUGAAGGCUGUUGUUGGGUAGACUUUUCGCGGGGAUUGGGUUCUUGUGGCGGGUGGGGUGUUGGGUUGUUGGGUGGGUUUAGAUAUGGAUCUGGGUAUUAAUAUACGUAUACGAAGGCGUAUGUGAUAUGUGUCUGAUUUGGAUAGGUUGGGAGGUUGGGGGGGACAUAGCAUGGUAUGGUUUGGUAUGGCAUAUCUUUUGGCGUUCGUCGUUUGUUUUGUAUAGAGCUUUGGAAUGGUAGUAUGCAAGUAAGUUGGGCGACGGUGAUGUGAGGCGUCUAAACACCAUAUAACGGGUCAAUUUUCUUUUGUCAUGUUCGUACUCCUCGAAAACAUAUAGUAAAAAUCCUCAUGUAC